GGCAGAUGAGUCUCCAUGCUGGCAUUUAGAACCUCCUCCACAGUGGUCGAGCCACACUGAAGUCUGCUCGGAUUGAAGCCAGGUGCUCAGAGAUCUACUGACUAAUGGAUUCUCAAAUAGUUAGACCUAUGUUAUAGGACAAAGACCACCACUUUGUAAAAUCCUGACGUGCAGGUUGCUGCUGAUUACAGAAUACCUUCUCAAACAGAGAAAGGAGAUUUUCUCUGCAAGGUCACAAACCAGGUGCUGUAGGAUAAGAUCCACCACGAUGCUCUCCUCUAUUCUGUUUUUGGGACUUAUUGCCCUUAUCGGCACUUCCAGGGGCUUGUACCCUUUCACUCAGUCAAUGAACCCUCACCUGCAUCCCCGCCUGUACCAUGGCUGCUAUGGCAACAUCAUGAUCAUGGAGACCUCCGGCGCUGCCUGUGAUAUAACCAAGUUGAUUAACUGCGGGAUCCGUGGUUCUGAAAUGUUUGCUGAGAUGGAUUUGAGGGCCUUAAAGCCUUACCAGAUUCUGAUCAAAGAAGUUGGGCUGAGACACUGCAUGGACCCUGCUCUCAUUGCAGCCAUCAUCUCCAGAGAAAGCCAUGGUGGAACCGUCCUGAAAGAUGGCUGGGACCACAAGGGACUUAAAUUUGGCUUGAUGCAGCUUGAUAAAAAAAUUCAUCACCCUGUUGGUACCUGGGACAGCAAAGAACACCUUUUGCAGGCUGUUGGGAUUCUAACAGAGAGAAUUAAGGCAAUCCAGAAAAAAUUCCCCACGUGGAGUGUGGCUGAACACCUCAGAGGUGGUCUCUCGGCCUUUAAGUCAGGAAUUGAUGCCAUUGCCACCCCCGAGGACAUAGACAAUGACUUGGUCAGUGAUAUUAUUGCCCGAGCUAAAUACUAUAAAAGACAUGGCUACUAGGCAAAGCUCUGCUGGUGGAUCAGGUUGGUAGGUGCUCAGGUGGCCCCUCUUUGAGAGUGUGAUAUGGAUGCAUUGUACUCAACACUGGCAAAGGAAUGGUUGCCAAUUAUGA